GGGGUACGCCAGAACCGGGUCGGAGCCGCAGCGGGAGGGAGAGAACGGGCAAGGGGCAGGUGCGGAGGCAGUGCCAUGGCCGAGAAAUACGACGUAAUCGUGGUCGGGGGCGGCAUCUCAGGUCUCUCAGCAGCCAAACUGCUGACUGAGUCAGGCUUGAACGUGGUGUUGCUGGAAGCUAAUGACAGGGUUGGUGGAAGAACUUUCACUGUAAGGAAUAAGCAAGUUAAAUAUGUGGACCUUGGAGGAGCUUAUGUGGGGCCAACACAAAAUCGUGUCCUGCGGUUGUCUAAAGAGUUAGGAAUAGAGACAUAUAAAGUGAAUGAAGUUGAGCACCUGAUACACCAUGUCAAGGGUAAAUCUUACCCAUUUAAAGGUCCAUUCCCUCCUAUGUGGAAUCCGCUGGCCUACCUCGACUACAACAACCUAUGGAGGACCAUGGAUGAAAUGGGAAAGGAGAUUCCCAGUGAAGCUCCCUGGAAGGCUCCACAUGCAGAAGAAUGGGACAAAAUGACUAUGCAAGAUUUAAUAGAUAAAAUUUGCUGGACAAAUGCUGCCAAGAGUUUUGCAACUUUGUUUGUGAACGUGGAUGUCACUUCUGAACCCCACGAGGUCUCUGCCCUUUGGUUUUUGUGGUAUGUGAAGCAGUGUGGAGGGACAGCAAGGAUAUUUGCAACAACCAAUGGAGGGCAGGAGAGGAAGUUUAUUGGGGGCUCUGGCCAGAUCAGUGAGAAAAUAACGGAGCGCCUGGGAGGCCGGGUGAAGCUGAGGAAGCCAGUUGUGCGCAUCGACCAGUCGGGUGAAAAUGCCAUAGUAGAAACCUUAGAUCAUGAAUUAUAUGAGGGCAAAUAUGUGAUCAGUGCCAUUCCUCCAGUUCUUUGUUUGAAGAUUCAUUUCAAUCCACCUUUGCCACCAAUGAGAAACCAGCUCAUCAACCGAAUCCCCAUGGGCUCAGUCAUCAAGUGCAUUGUGUACUAUAAGGAAACUUUCUGGAGAAAGAAGGGCUAUUGUGGUACCAUGAUCAUUGAAGAUGAGGAUGCUGCAAUUGGUUUAACACUUGAUGAUACGAAGCCUGAUGGAAGCUUUCCUGCCUUAAUAGGCUUCAUUCUUGCUCGGAAGUGUAGAAGACUGACAGGUCUCACAAAAGAAGAAAGGAAGAUGAGGCUGUGUGAGCUCUACGCAAAAGUUCUGGGAUCAGAGGAGGCUUUACAUCCAGUGCAUUAUGAAGAGAAGAACUGGUGUGAAGAACAGUAUUCUGGGGGCUGCUACACAGCCUACUUCCCACCAGGCAUAAUGACUCAGUAUGGAAGGAUUAUUCGUCAGCCCGUUGGCAGGAUCUAUUUUGCUGGCACCGAGACGGCCACAGAGUGGAGUGGGUACAUGGAGGGAGCUGUGCAGGCUGGAGAAAGAGCAGCCAGAGAGGUACUGUUUGCUAUGAGGAAAAUCCCAGAGAGUGAAAUUUGGAAGCCAGAACCUGAAUCAACUGAUGUUCCAGCUUUGCCCAUCACUACAACCUUCUGGGAAAGGAACUUGCCAUCUGUUCCAGGACUGCUAAAGCUGAUUGGAUUCUCCACUUUCUUCACUUCUCUGGCUGCAGCGGGGUUAUUUGCAUACAAAAAGGGACUUCUGGUUCAAAACUGAAAAAGGUGCCAGCACAAAGCCUCACACUUGAGUGGUUCUGUUUUUUUUCAGAGAAUUUUUGGCAUGUACUUCUCUGUUUCCAAGAUCAGAUUAAGACUGGGGAAAAGGAGAAAACAGCAGAGAGAAGAGACUGGGGGGGGGGGGGAAGGGAUAAAGGAUGAGUAUAUAUACUGAGAAGAACCCUUUGAAUCCAUGCCUAUUUCUAGCAGUAACUCUUAUGUUGUUGAACUUCUAGGAUGCCCUGCCAAGCAUUAUCACUUUAAGGUUUUUAUCCAGAUCUCAGAGGUGAAGUGGCAAAAUAGCCUAUUUUGAUGAGAUAUCCCAUUGUUUUUACACUUCUACCUGAACCAGACUCUUCAACCCUAAAUGUUCACAGGCACUUCAAUCUCCAGAUGCAAAUACAAGUUCUCUGCCUUUCUGUGUGGUAGACUGGGAAAAGAAAUCCAUAGCUUUAAUUAUACACUUCAUUCAAAUUUCUGGUGAGGAUCUGUUCAGGUUUUUUAUUUUUCACCCAGAUGUCUAAAGCCCAGGCAGCACCUAGGAGGCAUCAGGCUUAGUUUAUCCACCCAAAUUAUGCAAGUGUGGCCAUAUGUUAUUAGCACUUUGAGUGGUGUAUUUGCCCUACAGUGAGUUAAAGAACAAUAUUUUUUUUACUGCCUUUCUCAGUGGUUUGGAUUUCAGGCUCCUAUCUAUGUUCACACUGCCUGAAAUGUGUCUGAGUUGAGUCCAUCCCCUGUCCUCUGCCCAGAAAAUGGGCAGGCUUCAGACUACAGCCCAUGUGUACAGCAGUAUGGCUAAUCAGGUUGUUGGACCUUGCUAGAAACGGAGAACCUUUGAUAAUGUGGUGGUAUAGGCAUAGCCUUUCAAUCCUCUUUUACACUGACAGCCCUUUGUCACCAAGGUCCUCUUUUAUCUUGCUAAGAUGCUGAAAGGUGGCACAAGAAUAAAUUAACCUCUACGUACUCUGAGAAGUUUUAAAGCUGUCCAUAAAAACUCUUUAAAAUAUUUUUAUUAUCUCCUUUCUUUUAUUUACUUAUUUUUAUACUUGGAAUACCUUGAGGCUGUCUCUUGCUUGGGAGAGCACAGUGAGUUUGAAACUGUAGAGUAAGCAUAAAAAAUCCCAAACUUCAUCUACCUCCAAACAGUUGCUUCAUGCUGAACACAGUUGAUGCAGAGCUUUAGUCUCUCCAGACAGCCAGUUUGCUGUGAUUAGCACUUCCACUUCUGCCUGCUGUGCUGUGUUGUACUGACCAUGUACUUUAGGUAACUAAUCAAGGACCUAAAUGAUGGCGAGAUCAAAGAGAAACAUGGAUAGGUUGGUCACAUGCCAGUGCUUCUGCCCUCCUUAGCUUGGUACCUUUCCAAUGCUUUAAAAAAGAGAAGGAUAAAAUCCAACCCCAGACACCAAAACCUUAGAGCCCUACCUGUAUUUCUGCUGUUUUAUAUCUGACCAACACAAAAGAGGAAAUCACAGGUAUAACUGAGAGCAGGAUUUGGUGCACAUUAGGUUUGAGAAAAGUUGUGUGUCUAAAAUUUUUCGGAGCUGAUUUGCUGUACUUUACCCUUCAACCAGUGUCUAUUUAAAUGUAAACAGUUACACUGCAGUAAAAAAACAGGGAGAGAAGUAUAAUAAGAAUACAUGCAACAACUGGUGUGAGCAGAUGGUAGAAAUGUAUCAGCAGUCUCAGGCAGACCUUGUUGGGCUGUUAGCAUCUUAUCUUGCUUGUGCAGAGUAGUACUUCAUUCUCCAAAUAGUCCCAUGGAAAUCCACUAAACUACUUAUAAAGCUGUAAUACUUGUGAGCUGGGCAUCGAUUUCUGGUCCUUAGGUUUCAUUCUUUUUAAGUUGAUGAGCCAGUUCAAAAUCUUCUUGUAGCAGCAUCUUGGAUUUUACCACAAAUUAAUAUCCUCAUAACAGCCUUUUAAAAUGCAUAGGGGGACUUUCAGACAUAAAGAUCUUUAAGUCAGUAGAAGAGUGCAGCAGUAUACGUAUGGCCUUUCUCUUUGUAUCACACAGAGCACUAAUUGGCUGGGACAUUUGCCUACCACAGAGUGCUUCUACGUGGCUUUCUCUCCAUCUGAUUUACUUACUAAAUGAAUUAGGAACCAAAAGCUGUAUGGGGACUGUUUACAUUCAGAGCUUUUGCAACUCAGACUAUUCUCAGGCCAGAAAUAAACACGGCAACCUAAAUUAGAGUAGAUAUUUUUAAAGCCUUGGCCCAAUAUUUGUCAGUGCUAGACAGUGGAUGCAUACUUAACAUAAAGAAGGGCUGCAUUUGCACAUGAUUUCUCUGCCAAAACUAUUUGGAAUUCAAGUCUUGCCUCUGCCCUAGAAAUACUCUGCAGGUCUCCAAAGGGGAGCAGAUCUAUGAGACUAAUGAGAAAAGAUUGGUUUUAUUCCUGUCCAAAAUUUAUCUCUCUCUUCUUUGCUCCUGAAUCUGGGAGAGGUUUUCCCAGUCUAACAAGGAAAAGUGGAGAAAAUCCAAGGAAAAGAGGUUAGAUGUAGUUUGAACUGAACUGAAUCAUAAACAAAACUUUCAUGGUAAAUUAAAAAAAAAAUAAAUGAGUGUAGAUAGGGAUAAACCAUUCCUAUAUUUAGUUUCAAAGUGAAACAAAAAUAGAAAAAACCCCAAAACAUCGUAAAGCAUUUCUCACGUUAUUCUGCUGCUACUAAAAAUAAUAGCAUCUUGGAAUCCCAAAUUAAUUUUGGAUCCUCUUAUAUUUCUAGCCAAAUCUGGUGGAGCUAGCAGGUUUGAAUUGCAGCAUCUGUAUUAGCAUUCAAAAGUCUCUGUCCUCUUCCUUCCAGACUGCCAAAGCAUUAGGAAUGGUCUCUUUUGUCUUUACAGAUGUGUCUCACUAUGAUGAUGCUGUGGAGAUUAAAAAGAAAGGUUUGCUGCUAUUUUUUCAACAUCUUCCAUGCAAAAGGAAUACGUGGCACUUUGUUUAUGUGGAUGCCAGUAGGAUGAGAAAAUUAACAAAUGUAGAUAGAGAAUCUAGUUACUUCCCUGUGGAUAGAGGGAACUGUUAGAACUGGCUUACAUUUUUUUAAUUCCUUUGUGCCAAUCCUUCAAAGAGAGGAAUAAAAUCUGAUUUAACAGGUAACCAGUCAUGCUAUAUUCUUCAUUUAUUGAUCUGUCUGAUAAGAAAUCUUCUAUCAUGAAAGUUCCAGCAGUUUAUCAGCUUUGUAAAAUGUAUGAUAGGAACAACUGUGGAAAUAAUUAUAUUUGUCUCUUACGAACUGAUCUGUGUUAUCAUGCAUAUUUUGUAAGGCUCUUAAGAGUUUAGAAAAAAAAAAAAAAAGGUUUACUUUCUUGUAUACCGUUCUGCUAGUAAUGGAAAGGAUGUCAGGUCAUGGCAUGAAAAUAUGUUUUUAACAAAAUUUUUGAAAGCUAAUUGUAUAAACUAUUUGAUAGUAACAAGGAAAUGCAUGAUCUGACACAGCACCUUGUCUUUAGCGAGUGCAUUAUUUUUCUCAGUGCAGAUCUUGAUUCCAAAUAGCACAUCUGCUGUCAAUACAAUACAUUACUCACAAUUAAUUAUAUGUCUCAGCAUUGUUCAUUACUGGAACCUAAAGCCUGGAGGAGAAGCUAGGGACAUAUUUUGAAGUAAACAUCCUGUGUCCUCAAUGGGAAUAUCGUUUCACUUCACAGAAGUGGAGAAAUUGUUAGUUGGGUUGGUUUUUUUUUCUUUUUUGUGAGACUUGAAAGAAAAGUAUUUUUGAGGAAGAAGUAAUUGCAUGUCCUUCAAAAGUACUUGGAUACAAAAGGAAGCCAGGAUAAAGUGACAAUGGAUCUGCCACUGUUAUCAGAUUAGAAGCAAACCCUCUUAAGUCACAGGUUAUGAAUGCUCUCAAAUAAAUCUGACCUGUGUUUAAAUGGACAAACACUCCCUCUCCCAUCUCCACCAUUUUAAGUUUACUUAAUCUUACAGUGUGUUCUUCAAUAGAGAUAAAUAUGAGAUGGCCAAAGCAGUCUUGCUUUCAGAGUAUCUCUACAGUCAAAUCAUUUAGACGUUGUCAUAGACUGCCACUUAUAAUGUGUUGUGUACAGGUCAGUGUUCAGUGAUGUCUGCCACUCUUUUUGGAAAAAAAAGAGUGACUUCACUUUGCAGGAAUAUUUAUGCUGUGUGUGUGAUGAAUUUGUGCCUUUUAUAACUGUAGCAUUUUCUCAAGUGCCUCUGUGGUGACUGUCUCCCUCUGUUUCCUUCUCAAGUUCCUUUUUCAAUAGGCUCUGCAGAUAUUUUUAUCUGACAACUGUAAACUUUUUUAAAUGUAAUUAGGAUCAAUAAAUAUUGUCAUGUCAUGU